AUGGAUUUGCUUAAGAAGUCAAUUGAAGAGCUAACACUGAAUUUCACUUCACGUAUGGAUGAGUUCCAGAGGGAGGUCAGAACAUCCAUCCCUGCAACGAGCCCUUCUUCCAAUAUUAAUGCACAAUUUAAUGCAUUUAGGGCAUUCGUCCUGUCAGCACUUGAGAAUCUGCAACUUCAGCUCCAGCUUCUCUCUAGGCAGCAAGAUGAAAUGGAGGUAAGGACCAGGAGGAAGAUGUUGCUUGUCCAUGGAAUGCCAGAAGCUCAAGAUGAGAACCUAGUACAUUGCACAAGUAAGGUAUUAUCAGAGCGGCUGAACAUCCCUGAAUUAAGUGUGGACUCUAUUACCAGAUGCCAUCGCUUAGGGCGCCCCCGUGGCGACAAGCCUCGUGUGUUGCUCGUGAAAUUUCAAGAUCAGGAUCUCCGUGACAAAGUUUGGUUUUCCAAAACCAAGCUAAAGGGUAGCGGAGGUCGUCAUGAGGCGUUUGUUGCUGCUCGGAAGCGCUUUGGUGUAUCCCAGUGUUGGACACGCGAUGGAUAUGUUGUGGUGCUUGGGUCCGACGGCACGAAGCACCGGGUGUACACCGUGGCUGAGGUGAUCGCCAUUCCUGAUGCAGCUGGUGGUGUCCCUACUACCACAUCCUUGACUGCGGCGACGGCGGCGGCGGCAUCUUCGGCUCCCAAGCCCUGUGUUACUACUGCUAGGGCUGGGAAGACGGCUAAAAAAUGA